AUGCGGUCUUCAAUAAUACUGUCGCCUUUCGUCUUCGUCACUGCUUUUCUUUCUCUCCUUUCUGGCGCUUCCGCCAUGCGAUUAAUAGAGUCUAAAUCUCUUAAUACCUGCCAAGACAAUUCCAGCUUUACGGCUAGUCUAUUCAACGUCGUCUUCACACCCGACAACAGGACAAUUACGUACGAUAUUGUUGGUGUCUCUUCUGUUCAGGGCAAUGUGUCAUUCGGCAUUGAGGUCAGUGCCUAUGGAUAUGUCUUCAUCAGACAAACAAUCGAUCCAUGCACAACCAAAGGCAUGUCCGGAUUGUGCCCCAUGGCCACUGGACAACUCGAUAUCAACUCCAACCUCCAGUUUGACGCGUCAACCAUCAGCAGAAUUCCAGGAAUUGCUUAUGGGGUUCCGGACUUGGAUGCAAAUGUCAAAGUUCAAAUUAACCAAACGUCCAAUCCUGGAGUCAGCGUGGCGUGUGUCGAGGCUAACCUUUCCAACGGGAAGACUGUCGAUCAGAAAGGUGUAGGAUGGGCGACUGCUGUUAUCGCAGGUCUUUCCCUUGUUGCCUCUGCUGUGACCUCAGGCCUGGGACAUUCGAACACUGCUGCACACGUUGCAUCAAACGCCCUCUCGCUAUUCGGAUAUUUCCAGGCUCAAGCCAUUGUCGGAAUGACCUCUGUACCGCUUCCUCCAAUCGUUCAAUCAUGGACACAGAAUUUUGACUGGAGUAUGGGUAUCAUCGGGGUUAAUUUCAUGCAGAGCAUUGCCACCUGGUACCAAAAAUCUACUGGUGGAACCCCGGCAACCCUUCUCAACACACUCACCACCACAUCCGUACAAGUCGAGAAGCGUUCAAUUGGCAAGCGUACCGUUGAUCAGACCAUCAAACUCCUCACUCGUGCCCACGAAGUCCACAAGCGAAGCAACAGCGGUAGCUCGACCCAAGCAGGUACAUAUGUUGUGAAAGGGAUGAAACGAGUUGCCUUCAGAGCUGACAUCGAGGCCACCAAUCUAUUCUUGACCGGCUUAGCUUUCUUCUGCAUCUUCAUUGUGUUCACCAUCAUAUUUGUCGCUCUGUUCAAAGGGUUCUGCGAACUUGCGGUAAGAAUGAAGUGGAUGCAAAACGAUAAAUUUCAAGACUUCCGCAAUGGGUGGUUCACUGUCCUCAAGGGGAUCAUGUUCCGCAUGGUUCUCAUUGGCUACCCACAAAUGACCAUUCUCUGUUUGUGGGAAUUCACCCAAGUCGAUUCUCCUGCUGAAGUGGUCCUCGCCAUCUUUUUCUUCUUCGGCAUGACUGGAACUCUCGCAUGGGCUGCAACAAAGGUUGUUCGAAUUGCCAAGCGAUCUGUUGAAAUGCACAAGAACCCAGCCUACAUCUUAUACUCGGACCCAUCUGCGCUCAACAAAUGGGGUUUCCUCUACGUCCAGUUCCGAGCUACAGCUUACUACUUUAUUCUCCCGGUCUUGGUCUAUACUGUUGUGAAAGGCAUGUUCAUUGCCUUUGGACAGAAUGCUGGAACUGUGCAAGCUAUUGCUAUUAUCCUCAUCGAGGCAGCAUGUUUGAUUGGAGCCAGUGUGCUCCGGCCAUGGAUGGACAAGAGCACUAACAUCUUCAACAUUGCGAUUUGCGCAAUCAACUUCCUGAACGGUAUCUUCCUGUUGGUCUUCACCAAGGUCUUCAACCAGCCAGGCAUAGUGACUGGUGUCAUGGGUGUAAUCUUUUUCAUCAUCAACGCUGUCUUCUCCCUCGUUCUGAUUAUCCUCGUGCUUAUUGCGACUGUCUAUGCAUUCAUUCAAAAGAACCCAGAUACUCGAUACCAACCAAUGAGCGACGACCGCGCUUCUUUCAUCAAGUCACAGACUCAGUUGACUACUGAGUUGGAUGCUCUAGGCGCCACGGCACGAGGAGAUGUCAAGGGUGGUUACAAGCACAACCUUGAUCUGGAUGAUGACAACGAAUCAUGGUCGUCUGAUUCAAUGAGACACCCAGCCAAUAUGCCACUCCCUCCCUCGACGGCAAAUUCAGCCCAAAACUACAGAGAACCUCCUCAUUCUCCUAUAGAUCCUUCAGUACCUCUAUUCCCAACUGGUAGCCGCGGUGCUCCGCCAAGUUACCAAGACAAUCCUCGAGGAAUUUACCAAGGCCAAGUUGAGAGCCGGCCGAACAGCGAUCUACCCCUGAUCAACAAUGGAGGAUCGCCUCCAUACAAUAGCUCGGCGACAAACCUCUCGGCUGGGUACAGGUCACAGAACAACGCUAGCCCAUCAGGAUUUAGAAGCAAAAAUAAUGCCAGUCCUUGGCAGCGUGGUGCGGGUUAUGACCAUUAA